AGUCUGGCUUCCGCGGUCGGACUUCUACACCCGCCUCCAGACAGGAGAGGGGCAAGUACUCGCGCUACGGCGGCCUCCAGGCUGCCUCCGGAUAGUCCCCGAGAGCUUGUUCCGAAGCAAGCACCCUGCAGCCCUAGCGAUCCACCCCUCCCCUGGACCCUAGGUCACGGCAAUCAACCCCCUGCUGCGGUUCCCGAACCACAGGCCCGAUGGGUCCCGCGGGGGUCACGGCGAGGCCAGGGCGCUUCUUCGGCGUCUACCUGCUCUACUGCCUGAACCCCCGGUACCGGGGCCGCGUCUACGUGGGGUUCACUGUCAACCCUGCUCGUCGGGUCCAGCAGCACAAUGGGGGCCGCAAAAAAGGCGGGGCCUGGCGGACCAGCGGGCGAGGGCCUUGGGAGAUGGUGCUCGUCGUGCACGGCUUCCCGUCCGCCGUGGCUGCCCUUCGGUUUGAGUGGGCUUGGCAACAUCCUCACGCCUCGCGCCGCCUGGCGCACGUGGGGCCUCGCCUGCGCGGAGAGACGGCCUUCGCGUUCCACCUGCGCGUGCUGGCGCACAUGCUGCGCGCACCGCCCUGGGCGCGCCUCCCGCUCACGUUGCGCUGGCUGCGCCCCGACCUCCGCCAGGACCUCUGCCUGCCGCCGCCGCCGCACGUGCCCCUAGCCUUCGGGCCUCCACCGCCCCAGGCCCCGGCCCCAAGGCGCCGCGCAGGUCCCUUUGAUGACACUGAGCCUGAGCCAGACCAGGGGGAUCCAGGGGCUUGCUGCUCCCUGUGCGCCCAGACCAUCCAGGAUGAAGAGGGGCCCUUGUGUUGCCCCAACCCUGGCUGCUGGCUAAGGGCCCACGUGAUCUGCCUGGCAGAGGAGUUCCUUCGGGAAGAACCAGGGCAGCUUCUGCCCCUAGAGGGCCAAUGCCCUAGCUGUGAGAAGUCACUGCUUUGGGGAGACCUGAUCUGGCUGUGCCAGAUGGACACUGAGAAAGAAGUAGAAGACUCAGAAUUAGAAGAGGCACACUGGACAGACCUGCUGGAGACCUGAUCCUCAGUGUCCCUACCCACCUCCUACCUCUUUUCUGUGCCACCUGCCGCGGGUCCGGUGGGUUUUUACUUGAGUACAAUAAAGUCUGAGUCAAGGGUG